CAUUACUGUGGUGGGCAGAACGGGAUCAAUAGCGCUGCCGGAAAAUCCCGAGACGUUUCCGGAAUGACCCGAUCCAGGGACAACCGAGGCAGAGCGCAUAGACGGGCGCCGCUAUCUCCCAUUCACCACCGCGGAGGAACCCAUUUCAUUUUGUUCAUUUUUCGUUAGCAUUCUUAAUUCAGCGAUGGCACCGGGAUACUGACGGUCAUGGCGAAUUCCCGAGCAAAGAAUCGGGUCUGACUGCCAUGUGUGAUCCAUCACAGACCGUACAAGGCUUAUGCAUUUUAAAUAUAUAGGGCGCCUGCAUGUACUGUGGACAUGUCUACGCAUAGAAUGAUUACAGUGUGAGAGGACAAGGUUGACGCCAAUGGAUAUACCAAGCGAUGAUGCCUGAGAAAUCGGAUUUAUUCCCGUCGAAGAAUAUUUGUAUCGACGUGGCGUGGGAGAAAAUGUCUUUGGCUUCAGUCGAGAUUUCAGCAAGAAAAUGAAGACUGGGAAGAAGGGUCUUGUCGUGUAGCGGAUGCCAAUCGUUAUUUACAAAUAUACAUUUGUGCACAAGAUAAUGAUAUCGAUGCUUCGCCUCAGGAUUACAUUCAACGAAACAAGAUAAAAUAGAGAAUAGUAAUUCUGCUGUUGAACUGCAUUUGAUUUAGUCACAGUGUGAUGGGAAUAUACUGCUAAGGCUUGGCCUAGCUUUAUGGAAAACCCGAAGACAUGACAUGCACACGAAAAAAGAGGAAACGAUAUUUUUUGUUUUUUAAAACCUGUAUUUAUGUAAUAUUCCAGCUCUUGCAUAAUAAGUUUUAAACCUUGCGACAAAAGACAUUGAAACAGGUCUUGUUUCUUUUUUUCCAGACGUGACCAUUCCUUGUAUUAAUUAAUUCAUUAUUUUUUCAUUCUGUUGUUUGUAAAGGACGUCGAGAUUCCUAUUGGAUUACAAUUUGGACUCUUGAGCGAUUCCUUUGACCGGUUACGUCGGGUUAAAGAACACUACCACGUAUUUUUGUCCGUGUUUAUAUUUUGUUUUUAUUAUUUAUUUUUUAUAAUUGCAACAAGCUCCCAUUAAGGCCUACCGUCGACACAAGAUUCAUUGUCUGGAGGAUGACCGAGAACUAUAGGGGUAAAGGCCAAUUGAGGAGGCAAAUUUGAAGGGGAGUUCCAAAGCGUACCGUGCAAAAUGGGGCAAUGCAAAUCAAGCGUCUCUCGUUCCAUCUGAGACAACGACGACAGGCAACCACGAGGACGGACGACAGCUCAGCCGGAGGAGGCGGAGGUGGAGGUGGGAGUGGAGGAAGCGGGGGUAAAGUUGGUUUCGGAGGAGAAGGAGGAGUCGUGCGAUCAGAGCAGCAAAAGGGAUGGCCAACGGAAACGCAAGCAGUGAUGGGCCUGGGAACCCCUUGGCAGCCGUAGUGUCUACUACCGGUGGUAUGAUGGGUGGAUCACCUUCCUCGGCUGUUUCCACCUAUGUUAAACUUGUCCUGUUGGGGUUGAUCAUUUGUAUCAGCUUGGUGGGGAACUUAGUGGUGUCUCUGCUUGUUUUAAGGGACCGAGCCCUUCACAAGGCUCCUUACUACUUUCUUCUGGACCUCUGCCUUGCUGACACCAUUCGCUCAGCGGUCUGUUUCCCAUUCGUACUGGUGUCAAUCAAAAAUGGUUCAGCCUGGACUUACAGCGUGCUCAGCUGCAAGGUGGUGGCCUUCAUGGCUGUACUUUUUUGCUUCCAUGCUGCCUUCAUGCUGUUCUGCAUUAGUGUCACGCGUUACAUGGCCAUCGCCCACCAUCGGUUCUACUCUAAGCGAAUGACCUUCUGGACCUGUGUCGCAGUCGUUUGUAUGGUCUGGACAUUGUCAGUGGCCAUGGCCUUCCCGCCCGUCUUUGACGUAGGCACCUACAAGUUUAUCCGUGAGGAGGACCAAUGCAUCUUUGAACAUCGCUACUUCAAGGCCAAUGAUACGUUAGGGUUCAUGUUGAUGCUGGCCGUGUUAAUCCUGGCCACUCAUGUGGUCUACAUGAAGCUCCUGCUGUUCGAAUACAAGCACCGAAAGAUGAAGCCAGUCCAGAUGGUUCCAGCCAUCAGCCAAAACUGGACCUUUCACGGGCCCGGAGCAACGGGCCAGGCAGCCGCAAACUGGAUAGCAGGGUUCGGCCGCGGUCCAAUGCCUCCCACUUUAUUGGGCAUCAGGCAGAACUUGCACAACCAGAACAGACGCCUGCUAGGCAUGGAGGAGUUUAAGGCCGAGAAGCAGCUUGGCAGGAUGUUCUAUGUCAUCACCUUGUUUUUUCUGGUGCUUUGGUCCCCGUACAUCGUGGCCUGUUACUGGCGAGUCUUUGUUAAGGCGUGUACCAUCCCACACCGGUAUCUGUCCACCACUGUGUGGAUGAGUUUCGCCCAGGCCGGCGUAAACCCCAUCAUCUGCUUUUUCCUCAACAAAGACCUGAAGAAGGGUCUGCUGGCCCACCUGCCUCCUUGUUGUAGAACUCCACCUCAACUGCCCCGUGAGCCUUACUGUGUUAUGUGAAGAUGAGUGUUCAUUCAUAUUGUCAUUUUCUUUUCCAUCCUUUCUCUUCUGGAUGACUGGCGAGAGGACACCAAGGGGGAGGGAACAGGAGGAACUUGAAGAGCUGUUGUGGCCUUUGAUUCAGUUUAAGAUGCUUUAGAGGAGUGGAUGUCAUGAAAUAAGCAUCUGCUGUCACCUUAGUGAUUUUAAGGGGAAAAUGGGCUCUACACAAAUAUGUGUUACGUUAAAUCAACUCAAAUAGGUUUGAAGGAACAUACGUUCUUCACUGGGGUGCAUUAAAGGGGUUAAAAACCAUGAGAAAUCUAUCAGUUCUGAAAUAAACCAAACCGGUAUAUUUUAUGGGGAAUGUAAAGGCUAAAUCAAAUGGUAUCUUAUGAUUGAGCUAAAAAAACAUUGCCAUUUGGCAAUUGUGCCACAAAAACAAAGAUUUGCAAAGGUAUUAUUCAUGACUUGUGAACAGCUGCACUCUUGGCAGAAUAAUUUGUAGUAAACAUUCAAUGUGCAUGUAUAUUACCUUAUCUUUAAGGGUAAACAAACUUAAGAUUAAACUAUGUUUAAGAAUGCGUGCCAAGAGACAACUCACUAGGCAUAGCCACUAGGAAUGGAGGAUGGAGGUUGAAAAAAAAGACAAAUUCCUAUAAUUUAUGCUAAUUGGUCGGGCUGAAUAUGGAAUUAUGAUAAACAUUUUGUGUAAAAAAGCAACAGAGAAACAUUGAGAAUAAAAGUGUAUUUCAUCUACAAGUUAAUUCAAAGGCAUUAAAGAGACACAGAGAGCUGACUGAUAAUAUAAAUCUAUGGGUAUAAAAGCCUGUUCGGGUUUGUAGGUGCUUAUUUUCCCUGAGAGAUUUUGCUGUAAUUUAUUGUUGAUUUAUUUAUUGUCUCUCUUUCUAAACUCUGUUUACCUGUUGAUUUUUGAUGAAAAACAUUUCAUAGACUUGAACAAAAUAACUUUCCCUAAUAAAUUCCUGGUAUUCCAACCCAUAAAUGGGAUUUUACUGUAGGUGGGCUCUUAACACAAAGGUUUGCAACCAAACUAGAUCUUGAGUGUUCAGGAAAGAGUAUAUAUACUGAUCAGUGAUGUUAUUUGGUUAAAUAAGCCGAUUAUUUAUCCUUCCAAAUGAUUGCACAGAAAUGUUGUAGAGGAGAAGUUACAUUAGUCUUUUGCUUCUUAAAUUACUUGAAUGAAAGUUUGCUAGCAUAUUGGAUUGAAACAAAAUUGAAACAUUUUUAUUAUGUGAUGAUUUUCAUAUGUGUAUCCUAGAAAGUAAUCAAUUUAUUGAUCUUUAUGUCAAUGACAUGCAGGUUGCAGUAGGUGUAUUUCUUUGUAUUUAAAGUGUAUUGCAGACUUAUACAAGAUGAAAUGUUUGCGCUGAUUGACAUAAUUUGUGUAUAAUUUGACCUCUUGUUGACCUUUCGAAAUUCGGAAUUCUUGCAAUUGAAAAUAAUGAACGCGUUUGAGAUUAGAAAAAGUGAGAUGUUAGAGGAAUGUUUAGAUUUUUUUUAAGGAUUCCAUUUCAUUAGGAGCUGUAUUCUGAAAAUGGUUGCUGUGUCAAAUACAUUUCCCUAAUAUUUUGCACACAACUUGCACACAAAAAGUUAUUGAUCGGUGACAAGAUUUCUCUUGCAUAUGUAACUUGAAUCAGAAUGCUGAAUUAAUGCGGAAAGGACAUAGAGAUUGUAAUGUUUCUGUGAAUGUGAAAGGGGGGAAAACACAUGGCAUCGCUCUGAAGGGUAGACACGGGAUUGGUUGGAAUGAUCAGACUUUUUUCCAAACCCUUCAUUUCAAGAACAAAGAGUAACAGCAGAAAUGAAUAACAACAUCUAUGAUAAACAGCAAAAGAGGAAUAAUUAUUUCUGUUAUCUGCAUUUUAUGCCUUACUCCAUUACCAAGGUUUAAUCUUAACAAUGCAAGAAUGAUUUGAAAGCUGUAUGCUUCAUAGACACUGAUAAAUCAUAAAAAAACAUAUGCUGGGGAAAACACAACACUGUGUAUUUAUGGAUUAUCGGAGGAGACGUCUCGCUCCCCUUAACAUGCCUACGAGUUGCGGCUGCAUUACAGAUGAUUUGCAAAUUGUGGGCACGCUGGAGUAAAUACAAUUCUGCUCAUUUCUCUAAAGAGGCAGAAUUUAACAGAAGAAGAAACCACAGAACGCAGAAAGACUAAAUUAAAUUGAUUUUCCAUGGAAGUAAAAGGAACUUCUUGGAUUCUUAAGGAUUUCUUCAAGACUUUUUUCUUCUUCGUCGUCGGGAUGGGGGCAGUAUAAUGAAUGAAGGUUUGGGUUAUUGUGUAUUCACCUGUGAAUAGGAAAUUGCUUGGAUUGGUGUUGGGGUUGGGUGAAAAGGAUGUGAUUUUGUAAUAAGCAAAAAUGCCUGGUAGAACAUUUUUAGUUGCUUCAGGCAUCUUAUCUUUUGUAAAAUAACUGUGAACCUCUAUGUAAUUUCAUGUGUAUUAUAUGGACAACGCACUAACUUCAAAUGGGGGUGGAGUGAAGGGCGGGGUUACUACCCUUGAUCAUCAUCUUUUUCCACGCAUGUGUGUGUGAGUGUUUAUGCAGUGUAUGAGUGUGUGGAUGAAACUGCUCAUUAAGAGCAAGCAAAGGUAAAAGGCUUGAUAGGAAACACUCCUGAAGUUGAUCAACUAAAAAUGUAACUUUAAGUUUAAAAUGGACAAGGAGUUUGCUAUGGAUCAAAAUAUUAAUUGGUCAAAUUGUUGCUCCAAACAGUUGCUAAGUGUGAAUAUGAUGUCGUAAUUUGGGAAGUUUGGAGCAUUUUAAUGAUAAACGGAUCAUUCUUAUAGAACUGCUCCUAGUAGUAUUUCCCUUUUUAGAUAAUUUAUUGUGUCUGACCACAUCACAGCAUUCCAUUUAAUCUCAAAUAAUUGGCAAAUUAAAGUAUAUGAUUUAUGAACCCAAAUGACAACAUGAUUUCAUCGUCUCACCUCAUAACUCUUUAAAUUAAUUUCUCUUCUAAAAGAAAUGACAAGCCACAGUUACUACAGCUAGUACAAGUGCAAUAGACAGCAUCUAUCCAUCAAAUAUACAUGGGAUUAAAUUUUAGUUGAGCAUCUCAGGAGUUGUUUCAUUGUGAAUGCAUGAUGAAUGAAGGUGGGAAAAAGGAAAACUGAAAAAAAAUGAGAAAGAAAAUGUGAGUCAGCUUUCAGAUUCAGAAAUCUUGAUCUGUAAAUCAACAGAUUUUUUUCCAACAUGACAAUAAAAGUUU